AUGGAUAUGAAUAUCAACUAUAACAGUAUCGAUGAUGAAUUUGCUUCUUUGUUCUUACAGGAGCUCCAGAAUACUCGUAUGAUCAACUCUGAACAAGAUGAGAAUAGGGAAAUAGUUAGAUCAGAACAAAUUCAAACAGAGGUCGGGAAUGCAAAUGACAUCGAUCUUAAUGUGAAUGCUGGUGGUUUGCCUGUGAAUACUGAUAAUUUGAUUGGAAGCUAUGCUAGGUAUUUGCCGUUGGAAGCUACAUUCACUUCAAAUUUGCUAGGUUUUGAUGGGCUAUCAUAUCCAACAAUUGGCGAACAAAAUCUGCAAUUUGGAAUGAUGCUUGUCGAUCAAGGGUAUAACAAUGGAAGCAAUGGUAAUAGAAUUAAUAACUUUGAUAAUGUUUCUAGUAACAAGUUUAGUAACCUUGCCACAAGCACUGAUAGUAAUAUGAUGAUCUCCAAGGAAUCCGUUGAUACUAUUGCAGGAAAUGCUGAAUCAUUUGAAAACAUUGAUAGUGAAAGCCAUAAUAAAAAUGAACCAGAUGAUCUAAUCAGCAGAAAUUCGUUAAAUGCAAUGGCCAAAACAAACCCAGAAGAGUCAAUAGUGAAGCAUUACCAAACCAAAAAUGACCAUGGAAUCACCAUGCAACUAAUUUCCAGUACAGUACUAUCAUUCAGAGACAUAAAUAGGGGAAAGCCAAUUACAAUUAAAAAUCUGAAAAAUGAAAAUAUUGGAUUAAAAUUUGAUGGCUUAAUAAAUGGAAGAAUUUUCAUUAACCCAGAUUCUUUCAAGAGAUUUUCCGAAUGCAGAGAAGCAGUUAAUGAAUCUUUUUCAACUCAACUUUUUUGCUACCGAAGGAAUUCCAUAUCGAUAGCUUUUUCGCUAAUUUUUGAUUUUAUGAAAGUUGGCAAAGGAGAACACUUGUUUCUUGAAUCCUUAGAUAGCAAGGUUGAGUUGGAAAAGAUUAGAAUCAAAUUGUCUGCGAGCUUAAGGAAACGAGAUAAUAAUAGUGAUAAAUUUUCCAUAAUUAAAAAUGAAGAGGAGUUCAUAAUGCAGCAGCUGGAUAGCGAUGAUAAAAUAUUAAAGUUUCAUAAUAAUAGUCUUCAGCUAAACAAGUCUGAGGCCACAUUGAGUCUUGAAGAUUUAGCUUCAACCAAAAAGAACUGCAAACAAAAGAGCUUAAAUAUCUCGUGGGAACAGAUAAGAUUUAAAUCAGCGACCGCAAAUAACCGCCAUGAUGCUGCAAAUAAAUUUUAUGUCAUUAUCAUAGCGGUUGAAUUCAUAGAUAAGCAAGGUAGUAUUUCAAGCCAAAAAUCUUUUGAGUCACAGCCCAUCAUUGUUAGAGGUCGCAAUCCUAGUUUCUACUCAAAUAAGGGAGAUAUAUUGAUUGGGAAAAAUAAAAAAGUUCUAAGCCUGCCGAUACUUGAGAACAGUGUACAAGAAAACAUAAGUGGUGAAGCGUCUCCAGAUACCCCGCUUCUCAAACGACAAAAGAUGGAAACAAAAAUGCCACUAGAUCUAGAGGUUAAAAUGGCAGUCAAAACCCCCAAUUCACUCAACAACAAUAAUCAUGGACCACAAUUAAGAUUAGGCGAAUCUGGUGAAAAGGCGAUCACUGAAAAGAAUAACAAGGAUAAUGGAGCUGUAACUGUUACAAGCACAAUUUCUAGCACUACUGAUCGUAAUGGCAACUACACUGCUUCUAUUGCUCCUAAUUAUCCCGGUAAUUGCAAUGCUUCUGAUACUGCCAACGCUGCUAAUAAUGCUACUGCUUCUACUGAUAUCGUCAACAUUAACAAAAAUAAUAGCAACAAUGAUAAUGAAAAUAUGAAUGAUAGCAGUGAUACUGUUAAUUUUGAUAAUUCUGCUGAAAGUGUUAAUCGUGAUGAUGAUAAUGAUGAUAAUAUUGAUAAAGAAAAACAAAAACAGCAACAAGAUGAAACAGGUGAAUCCAGUUAUGAAUAUUUUAAAGUUAAUGAUAAUUAUUAUUUGCCACCAGUUGAGGUUGGAUAUUUCCCUCAUCAUGUGCACCACAAUAAACAGGUAUUCAAACCUAACAUUAUUGCCGGCUCAUAUUCGCAUGCUACUGAAAAUAGGAAGCAAUAUAAUUAUUACAUUUAA